AUGUCGGCCAGUCGUGUAUUCUCUCAGCUAAAUCGCAGACUCCGUUGGAGACCUACUUGGCGAGAAGUUCGAUAUAGGCCAUUAACCAUCUUACCUUGGAUCCCAGCCGUGAUCUUCUUCAAUGACCAUGUGGGAGAACAUGUGUGGAUAAACGGUCAAUCCAUGUACCCUUUCUUGAAUCCGUCGUUCAACGAGGAUCUAUCGAAAGAUUUGUGCUGGAACAGUAGGUGGAAUCCUACGGCAAAUCUUAAGAGAGGCAUGAUAGUCUCGUACCAGAGUCCAGCCCACCCAGAAGUCCUAGUAGUGAAACGAAUCAUUGCUUUGGAAGGAGAUAUCGUAUACACACGAGCACACUGUGCAGUGCCGACCAUUCAGAUUCCCGCAAACCAUGUCUGGGUUGAAGGAGACAAUAAAGACUCGACCAAGUCGCUCGACAGCAAUACCUAUGGUCCUAUUCCAUUGAAUCUGAUCACAGGAAGACUCACACAUGUUAUAUGGCCUUGGAGAAGCCUGGGAGCAAUACACUGGGAAGAAUUCAAGGGAAGAACAAGGGUCAUUAAGGGCACGAAGGAUGCUGCGCCUGGAUGGGAUUGA